CUCAGUUCAACAGUAAUGGCAGGGAACUUCUGGCAGAGUUCACAUUACCUGCAGUGGGUGCUGGAUAAGCAGGACCUACUGAAAGAGCGUCAGAAAGACCUGAAGUUCCUCACAGAGGAGGAGUACUGGAAGCUGCAGAUUUUUUUCGCGAAUGUGAUCCAGGCUUUGGGAGAGCACCUGAAACUCCGACAGCAGGUUAUCGCCACGGCAACCGUUUACUUCAAACGCUUUUAUGCAAGGUACUCUUUGAAGAGCAUAGACCCAGUGUUGAUGGCUCCUACUUGUGUGUUUCUAGCAUCUAAAGUUGAGGAAUUCGGUGUCGUUUCAAACACUCGCCUUAUUUCUGCAGCCACGUCUGUGUUGAAAACUCGAUUCUCGUACGCCUUUCCUAAGGAGUUCCCAUACCGAAUGAACCAUAUCUUGGAAUGUGAGUUCUACCUACUGGAGCUUAUGGAUUGCUGUCUGAUUGUGUACCACCCCUAUAGACCUUUACUGCAGUAUGUGCAGGACAUGGGUCAGGAGGACAUGCUCCUCCCACUAGCAUGGAGGAUCGUGAACGACACGUACAGGACAGACCUGUGCCUGCUCUACCCUCCCUUCAUGAUCGCUCUGGCAUGUUUGCACGUGGCAUGUGUAGUGCAGCAGAAGGACGCUCGGCAGUGGUUCGCUGAGCUCUCUGUGGAUAUGGAUAAGAUCCUGGAGAUUAUUCGUGUAAUCCUGAAGCUGUAUGAUCAGUGGAAGAACUUCGAUGACCGGAAAGAAAUGCCUUCCGUCCUAAACAAGUUGCCGAAACCCAAGCCACCGCCCAACAGUGAGAACGACCAGAGCGCUAACGGGAAUCAGAGCAGCUCUUACAGCCAGUCCUAAAGCUCCCCCUGUCAGGGCAGGCAGCCAGGCACAUGGACCCCGGAGAACCCAGACCACACACACAGCAGCACACCAUGGAGCUCUGCUCAAGUCAAAAUGUGUUUUGUUUUAAAGACUAAGGAAUAGUAGACACCUGUGAGAGCAGACACGAUGCCACUGUGUGAAGCUAAACUUUACUUACUGUAUGGAUGCACAGUGCGGGUCUCUUUGGUAUGGCUCAUACAGCUUGGCUUUAUAUAUAUAUAUAUAUAUAUACACACACACACACACACACACACACCUGUCUGUGAAGUGUGUUCAAUGUGUUGCUCUUGAUGAUCCUGACUAUCUUGAAAAAGCAAAGAGAAAACUUGAUCAUGUUUUUCAUUUGAGAGUGCGUGCGAGAGCGCGUGCGAGAGCGCAUGCACCUCUUGUUGACCAUAUCACAGUUUGCAUUCCUCAGGGAAACGGCUCUACUAAAAAACUGGCCACAGGGCUAUAUGAUGGUGAUCUUAUCGGACCUUGUACUGUGUACUCCCCUCCUGCUUGGAUAGUUCUCCUUCGGUUUGUUGCGGUUAGGCGUAGGCACUGUGAACCAGAGCGUACAGGUUGUUUCCUUUAGAAGUGCUCGUUUACCAUUUUCUCCCAAAACUGCACUUGUAAAUAUGCUUUGUAAAUGUAUAUGGAAAUAAAAUCUUUAAGCUCAUUUAGUGUGAAUUCAUUAAACUUGUGCAUAUAACCAAACAUUUUUUUUUUUUCAAACUCACGUCUUUAUCAUGGUUUGACUUUUUAUUCCUUUUAGAUAUCAUAUUUGUUGUUUGUAAACAGCUGCAUAUCAUGCACACAUUUCUUCCUAGUCAGUUUUAUUCUUUUUUUUGUGUGUGUGUGGAUCUUAAGCAGUGCAAGACUUGGUUCAUGUCCUUCAGUGCUGUUUCGGUGGGAAAGUUAUAGUCUCUUUUUUUUUUUUUUUUUUUUUCUUUCUUCUUAUUUUUUUUUUCUUUUUGUGUGGUACUUAAAAUAUAACCCCUAUGUGACGUGGUGUUUUUUGGAAAAAUUGUUUGGUUGGGUUAGUAUUACUACCUGUGAAUACAUUGAACAGUCUGUCAGUGAACUGUGAGGUUUAAAUUUUUAAUUCAAAUGUUUAAUUUGAAUUGUUUUAACGUCUUGGGUGUUACAGACUGAAUGCCUUAUUCAAUAAAGCUGCUGGCUGAGAAGUCAAAAUUGAAGUAUUUUCUUUCUAGUUUUGAAGUGUGUUUAAAUAGUCUAUAUUGGAUUGAUAAGUACAGAUAGUGUAUAUAUAAAAAAUACACAGACAAAGAUUUCACUUUUCCUAGAAAGCUGUUUAUUUCAGUGUUUGGGAUUAGUUUAAUGUAGGCCUAUAUGAAGCACGCUUUAAUUUACGGAUUAGAUAAGUCAUAAUGGUGACAUAAAGUUUAUAAAAUGCUAAACAUUUACUGAUUUGGCCAACAUGGAUUACGUACAGUGGAUAUAAAAAGUCUACACACCCAGUUAAAAUGGCAGGUUUUUGUGAUGGGGGGGAACUAAACCAAGGUAAAUCAGCUAGGAACCUUUUCCACCCGCACUGUGGAAUUACAAAGUAUAAAAACCAAAUGAACAACAAUCAGAAAUAUUUUCGGGGUAAAGUAGUAAAGUUACAAUUACUUGGUUGUAUAAGUGUAUACACCCUUUUAUAAUUGGGAUGUGGCUGUGCUCAGAAUGAACCAAUCACAUUCAAUCAUGCUUGAAAGAAAUAAUAAUACAGUUGUCAUCAAUGAAACAUUCUGAUUCUGAUUAACCCCAAAUAAAGAUCAGCUGUUUCUGUAGGAUUUCUUGAAAUCUUCCUGGUUUCAUCUGAUUUCUAAAGCCAAAGAGCUAAUUUAAAACAGCUUAUAUAAAGCAUGUAUGAGAUCUCAAGAAAUAUCGAUCAGGUGAGGGGUACAAAUCAUUUCCAAAACAUUAGAUAUAACACAGUAAGGCCAUCAUCAACAAGUGGAGAAAAUGGAGUGACAUCACCAAGAACAGAGCUUACAUGCAAAAUUUACAAAAGGACAAGACUAAAACUUACCUGGGAGGCUGCCAAGAGACCCACAGCAACAUUAAAGGAGCUGCAGGAAUAUCUGACAAGUACUGAUUGCUCUGUGCAUGUGACAACAAUCUCUAGUAUUCUUCACAUGUCUGAGCUAUGGUGUAGGGUGGCUAGACUGAAUCACCCCAAACCAAAAAAAAAGUACAGCAUUAAAGGAACCCCAUACCCAUUGUGAAGCAUGGUGGUGGCAGCAUCGUGCUUUAGGGCUGCUUUUCUUCAUCCAGAACUUGGGCUUUUAUCAAGGUGGAGGGAAUCAUGAACAGCUACAAAUACCGGUCGAUUUUAGUGGAAAACCCUCAUGUAUCUACUAGUAUGCUGAAGAUGAAGAGGAAUUUCACCUUUCAGCACAACAAUGACCCAAAGCAUGCAUCCAAACCAACAAAGGAACGGCUUAACCAAAAG